AUGUAUUUAAAAGGUCAAUUUGGGAGUUAUAAACAAGACUUUGGAUAUGUGACGGUGAGAGAAGGCGCUCACAUGUUCUACUGGUUGUUCUACACGACUGCCCCAGUGGAGCACUACACUGAGAGACCGUUGAUCGUAUGGCUGCAAGGAGGACCUGGUGGGUCCUCCACUGGCAUCGGUAACUUCCAGAUCCUUGGCCCACUGGACACGAACCUUCAAGAGAGAAAUCAUACAUGGAUAAAAAAUUUCAAUGUUAUCUUCUUGGACAACCCUGUUGGCACUGGAUUCAGUUAUGUUGACGACCCUAGUCUGUUGACGACAACGAACAAAGAAAUCGCUUUGGAUUUUGUUUCUUUGAUGAGGGGAUUCUAUGAAAAACACCCUGAGUUUGAAACUGUCCCUUUGUACAUUUAUGGACAGUCGUACGGUGGGAAGAUGGCUGUAGAUAUGGCCAUCCAAAUGGUUGAAGCACAAAAAGCUGAAACCAUUCGGUCCAACCUACGUGGAUUUGCCAUGGGUAACGCAUGGAUAUCACCAGUUGAUGCCGUCCUCACCUGGGCGCCUCAACUACUAGCUGCAGGACUUGUGGAUGAUGAUGGAUACAAUGAUAUUCAAGUCGAAGCUAGAGAAACUGAACGGUUGUUCAAUUUAGGAGCGUAUGUCAAUUCGACCAUUCAAUGGGGCGCGACACAGCAAAUGAUUUUUCAUGUCACAUCCAAUGUCGACUUCUAUAAUAUUUUGACUAAGAUGCCAGCACCACCUAAUGCUGCUGAUACAAGAACUGCGUCCGAACUAGCAAGAGAUAUGAUGAUAUAUAACAAGCCGUAUAUGUUGGAUACUAAACAAACAUUAAAUCUUAACACCUUAAUGAAUACCCUAGUGAAACAAGCUCUACAGAUUCCAGAACAUGUUACCUGGGGCCAACUUUCAAUGGCCGUGUUUAAUACUUUGAAUGAAGAUUUUAUGAAACCAGUAACAGAAGGAAAAGAUAAUUGUAAAACAUCAAACUUUCUUUUUCCAGUUGAGAAAAUUUUAAAUGAAACUGAUUUGAUUGUAACAAAAUAUAACGGAAAUCUGGACCUCAUAUGUAAUACACCUGUAGUUACUGCUGUUGUAGUAGCAGCAGGACUUGGAGUCUUGAUCUGGUGGCUAGUUACAAAUAAUGAUGUUAUUACAGAUAAUGAUGGCCGUUAUGAAACAAUAAUACUAGACGGAGAGGGUUUCGGAAAUGUCAAUUACAUGGCAGCCUUCACCAGAAUUCCUGAAGGCGGUGAUGUAUUCUGGUGGUUUUACCCUACAUUAGCUGAGAUUCCUACCCAAAGGCCUAUUGUACUCUGGUUGGAUGGCGUCACUGGCCUUCCUCCCAGUCUGCUGGCAAAUUUUGGAAUGUUUGGACCUUUCGACUUAAAUUUAAAUCGAAGAAACAACUCUUGGAUUGAUCAAUAUAAUUUACUGUUUAUGGACGGACCUUUAGGGUCUGGCUUUAGUACAGUCGCAGAUAAUGGUGAAAUACCGCAAAAUCUGGAGACCAACACAAAUCAUACGAUCUUGACUCUAAAAUCAUUUUAUGAACAAAAUAGCGAAUUUUAUGAAACACCACUUUAUAUUUUUGGUCAAGGCUAUGGUGGGCAAAUGGCGGUUAUGCUUGCUUUAGAACUUAAUAACAUGGAAAGCUUUUCACCAAAUUUAAAGGGAAUCGUUUUAGGCAAUGCAAUCAUUUCGCCAGCUUUGGUUAUUACUAAAUUAGGUUUUUAUUUGGAAGAAUUGGCUUACGUUGAUUUUAGUGGACGCGCAGCUAUAGAAAGUUUAUCAAAUGAAAUUAAUGAAUUGGUUGAUCAAGGAAAACUAGAGUCAGCUUACGACCAUUUCCUGACAUUAGACAAAUUUAUAAAUGAGAAUGCCGGUGCUGUCGCUGUUAAUUUAGAAUAUAUAGUGGAAAAGGUUACACGGGAAUCAAAUGAUUUCGAUUUUGGCCAAACCAAAGCUCUAAAAGAAGUAACUAAUCUUAAUAUAAAAUUAGGACAAUUCAUGGAUGAAGUUGUGGCUCCUGCUUUGGGUAUUUCUAACCCAAAUUUUGAUAGACAAAGAGAAGCUAUAAUUCAAAGUUUCAAAGAAAAUUUCAUGAAGCCAGCGACAAACAAAGUGGAGGAGGUGCUUGAUAAUACCAAUAUCAGUGUGACAAUUUACAACGGAAAUUUAGAUGCAGUGUCCAAUACUCCAGGUCAACUGCAAUGGAUCAACAGUCUUCAGUGGGACGGUCAAGAGCAGUUCUUGAACAGUUCAAGACAAACACUCAUUAUAAACAAUCAGAUUGAAGGCUACUUCAGGGAAACGGAUAAAUUCACCUUCUACUGGAUCAACGUAGCUGGUUUAUCGGCACCUUUGGAUAAUCCCGUAGCAAUGAGAAGAGCCAUACAGAGGAUCAUGGAUAGUUAAUAAAAAUUAAAUAAUUAAACAUCAUAAUAUCUCUCUUUUUAUUAGAUACUUAUCUGUUUCGUCGAAAAUAAUUUAGAAAGAAAAAAAUUAUAAUCCAAGCAC